AUGACACUUCAGAUGACGCUUGAAGACUCGGUGCGCGAAAAUGACAGGAGGAGGGCUGCCAACAGACCUUCGACGACAGCGAACGCCACCCGCCCACUCGCCCAAAUGACGCUUGGAGAAAUGGUGCGCGCCCAGAGGACCAUGCGGGGAAGACUAGAGACGGCUGAGAGAACGGCCGCGAGUCACCCAACUGAGGCCCGACGCGAUGGUGCUGGAAGAGCACAUGUUACAGGAACUUCGGGAGAGGGUCAGGACGAUGCCUACCGACGUACCUUCGUCCGGCGAGAACUGGAACCGCUCCUAAGUGCAAUGGAGCUCGGGUUCAUGAUGGAGGGACUGGGAGUUAUGGAAAAGGGACGGGAAAGGCCAGAACAGAGGCUGCAAACGGACCGGGCUUUUUCCACAGAGCACUGGGAGGACGUACUCCCCCAAUGGCGCCCACAGAAAGACUCUUGCGAGAUGAUCUUUACAAAAAGGUGGAGCCCGCCAUAG